UUUAGAAGUAAAGCUACUCCCUGUCUCUUUACUAAUUCCUCUUCAGUAAUAAGUGUCUCUACUGAGAACUGACUUCAGUCAUGGCAGAUGCUUUGUCCUUCCUGAAAGUGGAUUUGACAUGUCUGAUCUGUCGUGAUAUCUUCACCGAUCCGGUCACUCUGAAAUGCAGCCACAGUUUGUGUGAGGAAUGUCUCCAGCGUUUCUGGACGACUCGGGAUGUGCCGCAGUGUCCGGUCUGUCGGAAGGAAUGCUCUCACGACGAGCCCACCAAGAGCCUGGCGUUCAGAGCGCUCUGUGAGUCCUUCAAGAACAGAAAACCCACAGCUGUUUCAGGAGAUGUUUGUCCAGAACAUAAAGAGACGCUCAAACUCUUCUGCUUUGAGGACAAGCAGCCCAUCUGUGUGGUUUGCUACACGUCAAAGAAGCAUGAAAAUCACAAGUGUUCUCCUGUCGACGAGGCUGCUGCGAAUUUAAAGGGAGAUAUCAAGAUACAAAUGGACAGACUGCAAGAGACCCUUGCUGACCUCAAGAAAGCCCUUGAGAACUGUGUGAAACAGGCUGAGCUCAGCAAGGAAUGCACCAAUAUGACAGAAAACCAAAUUAAGAUGGAAUUUAAGAAGUUCCAUCAGUUUCUUAGAGAUGAGGAGGAGAAACACAUCAGAUCCUUGCGUAAAGAAAGGGAACCUCAAGAUCAGAAACUCAAGGCUAGAAUAGAGAAGUUGUCCAAACAGAUAUCAGAUCUGUCUGAGAGGAUGGCAGUCGUCUGGCAGGAUAUGGAAGCUGAAAAAAUUACAUUUCUCCAGAAAUACAGUGAUACAGUAAAAAGACUCAAACGCCCAUCAGUACCAAACACUACCCCAGAACUACUGCACUAUCCCAUUCAGACUGUGAUCUUCACCACCUGGGCCAGAAUGCAGAACCUUGUGGAACAGCCUCCUGUGACUCUGGAUCCAGACACAGCCUCCAAUAAACUCCUGGUGUCAGAGGAUUGCACCAGUGUUAAGUAUGCAGAAAUUAAACUGCAUGUGUCUGAUAACCCAAAAAGGCUGCCUGAGGGGGUGCUGGCCUCACAGGGCUUCAGCUCAGGUGUGCACUGCUGGGAUGUAGAGGUGGGUGAUAACAACAACUGGACACUGGGAGUGCUGGGCGAAAAAGUGAACCGCAAAAAACUUUGCAAAAUGGAUCCCAAAAAUCGUUUUUGGUGUCUUCGUAAUGUGAAUGGCAUAUACAAGAAAGGAAAAAAACCUGUCAGUGAUACUGAUAGCAAUGAGAGGCCAAAUAUCAUCCAACUGCAGCUGGACUUUGACGAAGGAGAGCUGAGAUUCAUCGACCCUUUCAGAAACAGAAGUUUGUGCACCUACACAGUGAUGGCAGACGCUUUGUCCUUCCUGGAAGAGGAUUUGACAUGUCUGAUCUGUUGUGAUAUCUUCACCGAUCCGGUCACUCUGAAAUGCAGCCACAGUUUGUGUGAGGAAUGUCUCCAGCGUUUCUGGACGACUCAGGAUGUGCCGCAGUGUCCGGUCUGUCGCAAGGCAUGCUCUCACGACGAGCCCACCAAGAGCCUGGCGUUCAGAGCGCUCUGUGAGUCCUUCAAGAACAGAAAACCCACAGCUGUUUCAGAUGAUGUUUGUCCAGAACAUAAAGAGAUGCUCAAACUCUUCUGCUUUGAGGACCAGCAGCCCAUCUGUGUGGUCUGUUACACAUCAAAGAAACAUGAAAAUCACAAGUGUUCUCCUGUCGACGAGGCUGCCGGGAAGUUAAAGGAGGAUCUCAAGACACAAACAGACAGGCUGCAAGAGACCAUCACAGACCUGAAGAAAGCUCAAGAGAACUCUGUGAAACAGGCUGAGCUCAUUAAGGAACGCACCAGUAUGGAUGAAAACCAGAUAAAGGAGGAAUUCGAGAAGCUCCAUCAGUUUCUUAGAGACGAGGAGGAGAAACGCAUCAGAUCCUUGUAUAAAGAAAUGGAACCUCAAAAUGAGAAAGUCAAGGCCAGAAUGGAGGAGCUGUCCAAACAGAUAUCAGAUCUGUCUGAUAGUGUGGCAGCUGUGUGGCAGGAUACAGAAGCUGAAAUCAUCACAUUUCUCCGGAAUUACAGAAAUACAUUAAAAAGACUCAAACAUCCAUUUGUGCCAAACACGAGUCCUGAACUAGAGGAAUAUCAGCACUAUCCCAUUCAGACUGUGAUCUUCACCACCUGGGCCAGAAUGCAGAACCUUGUGGGACAGCCUCCUGUGACUCUAGACCCAGACACAGCCUCCAGUAAACUCCAGGUGUCAGAGGACUGCACCAGUGUUCAGUAUGUAGAAAAGAAAAGGUACGUGUUUGAUAACCCAGAGAGGCUGUAUGUGGGAGUGCUGGCCUCACAGGGCUUCAGCUCAGGAGUGUACUACUGGGACGUAGAGGUGGGUGAUAACAACAACUGGACACUGGGAGUGGUGGGGGAAAUGGUGAACCGCAAAAAACAUUACACAAUAUAUCCGAAGAAACAUUUUUGGUGUUUUCAUUACAUGAAUCAUACAUACAAGCAAGGAAAUAAUCCUAUCAGCGGUAUUACUUACAGUGAACAGCCAAAAAUCAUCAGACUGCAGCUGGACUUUGACGAAGGAGAACUGAGAUUCAUCGACCCCUUCAGAAACAAAAGUUUGUGCACCUACACAGGUGGAUUUCCAGAGAAGGUGUUCCCGUAUUUCUGUACUGGAGAUGUGUACAGGCCACUUAAAAUUAUCCCAUCAAAUAAUCAAUAAUUGUAAACCACAUCUAGACUUUUUUUCAUAUACAUUGUAUUUUGUGCAUGUGGCAAGAUAAUAAUCAAAUGCAAUAACCUUCAUGCAGUGAGUGUCUGAAUACUUUUUAGUGGACACUGCCCUAGUAAAAAAAAAUAAUGCAUUCAUUUUAUACUAAGUACAGUUCAAGUCUAUUAAUAUAUUUACUGACAUAUUGCUAAUUAAACUUUAUUUGGAGUACUAUCUGUGCACAAUGCACAUUUCUAAAUAUUAAGCCUAAAAUAUGUUUUAAUGUCACUAUUAAUGAGGACUGCAUGAUCUUUAAAUUAUAUCAGUUUUUAAAUACAAAAUAUUUAAAGUGUACCUAAAGUAUACUUGCGACAGUUCCACUUUAGCACAAUUAGAUAUACUUAAGUAUAAAUUUAGUUGGUCUUUUGCACAAUUAAAGUGCAUUAAGUACAAAAUUAGUUCCAAUUUAGCAGUCAUUAAAUAUACCAGUUUAGUAUACUAAAAGUAUAACUGCAGGAUAUUUUUCCUAAGUACAUAAUAUGUAAAUGUACACUACCGUUCAAAAGUUUGGGGUCAGUAAGACUUGUAAUAGUCUUUAAAGAAGUCUCUUAUGCUUAAUCAAGGCUGCAUUUAUUUGAUUAAAAAUAUACAAAAAAAAAAACAGUAAUAUUGCAAAAUGUUUUUACAAUAUAAAAUAAUGUUUUUUAUUUUAACAUACUUUAAAAUAGAAUUUAUUCCUGUGAUGAAAAGCUGAAUUUUUAUCAGCUGUUACUCCAGUCUUAAGUGUCACAUGAUCCUUCAGAAAUCAUUCUAAUAUGCGGAUUUAUUAUUAGAAUGAUCAGUGUUGGAUAAUAUCAACAGUUGUGCUGCCAAAUAUUUUUUGGAACCUGUAAUUUUUUUUUUCAGGAUUCUUUCAUGAAUAACAAGUUUAAAAAGUACAGUGUUUAUUCAAAAUAUAAAUAUUUUAUAACAACAUAAAUUAUUUAUUAUUAACUUUUAAUAAACUUUUAAUUAU